UCAUGUAACGUUACUUAGACAUUAGUGACAAGUUUUCUUUGUUAAUAUACAUUGGUUCUAAAUGUGCAAUAAAUCAAUUACAGAGGUUGGAACCAAGGUGGUAGAAGCAAGAAUAUGUGAGUCGCCAAGUUACAGAUUCAGGGGAAUUUGUGUGAGCAGGAACAACUGUGCUAAUGUCUGCAAAACUGAAGGUUUUCCCGGUGGCCGUUGCCGCGGUUUCCGCCGUCGUUGCUUCUGUUACAAACACUGUGCCUAAUUGUAGU